AUGAAUGAUAUGGUAGACCAGAUGACAAGGCUGAAACUGAAGCUGCUGGAGAAGAGGCUUGAGAAUGAGAGGAACAAUUAUGAUGAGAGGGGUGAUUCAGCUAUGUCCACAAGAAGUUAUGAUGGGCAAGCAGAUGCCUUACAUAGUGCCCUGAGAAGGAAGCGGAGUUUACUGCAGAGGCUCAGAGAGCAACAGUUACUGGAGGAUCUUGGAAGACCACAUACAUGGGGAGGAGGUUACAGGCAACGUCAUCGAGAUCCCUUUUCAACAGCAAACCCUCCUCCGAUUCACAUAUACCAGCCUCCUCCACCUCCACCUCCACCUGCCCCAGUCCCUCAGCUGCCUCCACCACCUCCACCCCCGCUGCCCCCCCGAAUCAUACAGCAGAUGCUCCCCCAACAACCAGCCACCAUAAUUCAACAGCUGCCUCAGCAACAGCCACUCAUCACACAGAUACCUCCGCCUCAGCCGGCAGCGCCAUACAAAUCUGGCAGCAUCAAAGAGGACAUGGUGGAAAUGAUGCUGAUGCAGAAUGCCCAGAUGCACCAGAUCGUCAUGCAGAACAUGAUGCUGAAGGCGCUCCCUCCCAUGACUCUGAACUCAACAAUGGGAGCCAGCCAUGGUGCCCCCUCAACUCCACACUCUGUAGUUGACAUGUACCCCAAAGCGAAGGGCAGUGCCAUCCACCACCACCACCACUAUAACCCAUCUGCCCCUCAGCUGCCUCCCAUUACCUAUCCAAUAUGGGGCAGCCAGGGAGGAGCAUACCAACCCUCUGUGCAGCACAUGAUGGGGCCAAUAUCACUCCCACCUUUAAACACGUAA